AUGACAGAUCCGAAUUGGGGUUGGAAUGAUGACAAUGCUUACACUGGCUAUUAUAAUAGUCAGUAUUCGCAGCAACAAGGGAAUGAGCCCUGGCAUAAUCGUGUCCAAAGCAGUCAUCCGACAACAAUGCCACCAUCGGAUACUGGCAUUUUCUAUGGUCAACAAGCUAAAAAAAAUACUGCUCCUCCAGUAUCUGCACCACCCGACUAUUAUUCUCAAAUUAAUCAAAAGCAGUCGUUCGGAGCUGGACCCCAAAAUCCGUAUGACUUUGUGAAUAUGCAGUCUUUUUCCAAUCAAAUUAUAUCUGAUCCUAUGUUGAAUGUUGCAAAACAAAUCGGGGGUCAGUUUGCCGUUGAGCAAAAGGAAAAAUUAACAAAAUAUCUUUCUGCUUUUCAACUAAAGUAUUAUUUCGCCGUCGAUAAUGCUUACGUGGGAAAGAAGUUGGCUCUUAUACUGUUUCCUUUCUUGCAUCGCGAUUGGGCUAUCAAGUAUGAUUCAUCUGAUUCACCUGUACCUCCAAGAUCGGAUGUAAAUGCACCUGAUUUAUAUAUUCCAUUAAUGGCUUACGUUACUUAUAUUCUUAUUUCUGGAUUUCUGCUAGGAACACAAAAAAGGUUUACCCCUGAACAGCUGGGUAUAAUUACAACGAACGCUUUGGCAUACCUUUUUUUCGAAAACUUGAUACUGUUUAUAACGAGGUUUGUCAUGAAUAUAUCUCAAUCUCUCACGUUCUGGCAUUCACUCGCAUAUAGCAGCUACAAAUUUGUCGGAAUGAAUGUUACUUUAUUAGCCUUCGUACUGGGUGAUAAGUCAUUGUACAAUUUGGUUCUAGCAUAUACGUCUUUGGCAGUUGUUUUUUUCCUCCUGCGAUCGGUGAAAACUUUUGUAUUGGAUGUACAGGAUGUUUACAGUGGCCACAGUUAUACUGGACGGAAACGCAAAAUAUAUUUAUUGCUAUUUAUAGCAUUUACUCAGCCGUUUUUGAUGUGGUGGCUGACUAGUUCUGUGACUAGCUACUCUCCUGGUAAAAUGGAUUUUGCUCAGUUUGCAUUAUCAGGUAUAGGGCUAAGUGGAACUGCAAAUAAAGGACAGUUACCACUGCUCCCGAAUGGGGAAGUUGAUUAUGAAGCAUUGUUAAAAAUGCCAUAA